AUUUUGAUAUGUUUUUUUCCAUAGCAAAAUGAAGAAUAAUCACUCGUUGGAGACUUUAAAAUAUCGACUACACUUCAGAGAAGAUGGGAGAGGAAAUUAUCGAAAGAAAAGGUGAUUUAUUUUUAAGAUUUGAUCUCAAAUGAAUUCCUUUCUCAGUUCGACUUUUUAAAAAGUUUCAAAGACGAACCAGCACUGGUGAGAAAUUUUCUUAUUACACAAGCCUAUAAAAUAUUAGCACAAAGAAAAAUGUUUAAUAUGCAUUUACCUGCUAAAACUGUCCACAAAAAUUUUUUUUAAAGUCAGUAUAAAACUAGAAUCUACCUACAUCAUUAUUUGUGCUUUUCAGCUUGUUUGGUUUCUCACUUAAAAUAUUUAAACAAAAAUCCAUUUAUUUUUUUUAAAAUUGUUACUCAAACUGCUGGACAGGAACAGGUGACCAGCACGCGCGUGCAUUCACUCACACGCCUGUGAAGCCUUUAUGUCCAUAGAGAGAAAAGUGGGAAAGAGAGAGAUAAACAGAGAAGUUAAAAUAAGGAAGAGAGUGGGAAAAGGAAAAUAUUAAGUACAAAGUGAGAGAUAUUUUAAUGCACUAUCCAAUAAAGCCAGUGACACAGACAGAGAGGGAUAAAUAAUGAGAGAGGGAGAGAGAGAGAGAGAGAGAGAGAGAGAGAGAGAGAGAGGGGGAGAGAGGAGGGGUUAUCCUGCUUCUGCUUCUUUACCCGACACUGCCCCGCACUCUCACUUAACCUCCACAUAGCGCUGGACGGGAAGUAACUUAAAUUACUUUUUGAAAAUAUCCUCCAAAUGACAGCUCCUCGGGCUCCGCGUCUCUUCUGACAACGACGCCGAAGUAUUUUGUUUUACUUUCUGAUCGUCGGCGCAGCGCAAACAGAGGAGUUACCAAAGUCCCCGACACGCUCCAGCGAUGGUGACUUUACGCACGGGAUUUGAAGACUGUUUGAACUGACUCCUCUUGUUUGGUCUCAGCGCUGACAGCCUGCCUUCAUCAUCAUCACCAUCAUCACCGUCAGCAUCGUCAAAUAUAAUCUCCGAAUUUGUAGCGAGAAACAGGCGCAGCAGUGAGGAGUCGAAUCAGCGGAUCCAGGUGACGUUCAUGAAUUUUAAAGUCAUCCACAAGUGAGAAGAGGGUGUUGGAGUUGAAGUCUCUUAUUUCUAAUGAUGUCUUCCAUGCGAGCAACGCCUCCCUUUCACCCACCGUCUGAGGAAGAGGAAGCGAUAGGUCAGGACAACGCGGCCUGGGCCAAAGAAGAGCGAGAGGGCCCGAAGGAGACGCCGUCGCCCUCCUCGCAUGACCAACCCCACCCCGACGAGCUGCAGCCCGCCAGAGAGAAACCCACGGAUAUUGAGUGGGAGAGCGUCGGGCCCGCUGCGAUGGAUAAUGAGAGCAGUAAAGGCUGCUCAGUCUACUCCUACCGGACUAACUCUACCUCUCCACACAAGCCAGAGGAGUGUUCCCGUGACCGCGGGGAGCCCAUGAUCGGCCUCGCGUUCGGGACGCCAGAGCGCCGCAAAGGAAGCCUCGCGGACGUGGUGGACACGCUGAAACAGAAGAAGCUAGUGGAGCUGACUAAGACAGAACAAGACGAACCAUCUUGCAUGGAGAGGCUCCUGUCUAAAGACUGGAAGGAGCGUGUUGACCGGCUGAAUGCCAACGAACUGCUGGGGGAGGUCAAAGGUACGCCAGAGUCCCUGGAGGAGAAGGAGCGCCAGCUUUCUACCAUGAUCGGUCAGCUGAUCAAUCUGAGAGAGCAGCUCCUCGCCGCCCAUGACGAGCAGAAAAAGAUGGCCGCCUCACAGCUGGAGAAGCAGAGACAACAGAUGGAGCUGGCCAGACAGCAGCAGGAGCAGAUCGCCAGACAACAGCAGCAGCUCCUGCAGCAGCAGCAAAAGAUAAACAUUCUCCAACAACAGAUCCAGGUCCAGGGUCACAUGCCUCCUCUGAUGAUCCCAGUGUUUCCUCAUGACCAGCGGUCCUUGGCUGCUGCGGCUGCUGCACAGCAAGGCUUCCUCUUCCCACCGGGCAUGUCCUACAAGCCAGCAGGUGAGAAUUACCCCAUGCAGUUCAUUCCAUCGACAAUGGCAGCUGCAGCGGCAUCUGGACUCAGCCCAUUACAACUACAGCAGCUGUACGCAGCCCAGCUGGCAAGCAUGCAGAUCUCACCAGGAGCCAAGAUGGCUCCCCUCCCGCAGGCUCCCAACUCCUCCGGUCCGCUUUCCCCCUCCGCCCUGAAGAGCGAGAAGCGAGCAUCCAGUCCUGUCGCUCAGAUUAAGGAGGAAGGAUCCACACAGCCAUUGAACCUCUCAGCCAGACCCAAGACAGCUGAGGCUCUUCGCUCCCCAACGUCCCCGACACAGAGUCUGUUCUCGGGAAACAAGACCAGUCCUACAGGCAUGGGCAAGGGCCGCAUCCCCAGCCCCAUCCCCAGCAUGGGCAGGAACACUUCUCUUGACAUCCUGUCCAGCCUCAACUCCACAGCGCUGUUUGGGGACCAGGACGCAGUGAUGAAGGCCAUCCAAGAGGCCAGGAGCAUGAGGGAGCAGAUCCAGAGGGAGCAGCUCCACCAGCAGCAGCAGCACUCAGGACACCAGAGUCUGGAGGCCAAGCUGUCCGCCCUCAGCAGCAUGAGCCUCAACAACGGCAACAAGGAGCGGCUGCACUAUGAGACACUGAGCCAGCACCUGGGAAAGCUUGGGGAGGAUGCUGGGAAGAUGGUCCACCGAGUCAUUGACCUGACAAGACCAGAAGAUCUGGAUGGGAGUAAUAUCACGGAGGCGCGAGUGUUCAGGGAGGCGCGGGGCAGGAACAGCAACGAGCCGCACAUCAAGAGGCCCAUGAACGCCUUCAUGGUGUGGGCCAAAGACGAGAGGAGGAAGAUCCUGCAGACCUUCCCCGACAUGCACAACUCCAACAUCAGCAAGAUCCUGGGCUCUCGCUGGAAAGCCAUGACCAACCAGGAGAAGCAGCCGUACUACGAGGAGCAGGCCCGCCUGAGCAAGAUCCACUUGGAGAAAUAUCCCAACUACAAGUACAAGCCGCGGCCCAAGAGGACCUGCAUCAUCGACGGCAAGAAGCUGCGCAUCGGAGAGUACAAGCAGAUGAUGCGGUCACGACGUCAGGAGAUGAGGCAGUUCUUUGUGGGGCCUCAGCCACCGAUUGCUCUCGGCAACAGCCCGGGUGGGGUAGGAGUUUACCCAGGCGCAAUUACCAUGGCAACGACAGCCACACCAUCCCCACACCUGACCUCAGACUGCUCCAGCAACUCAGCCAGCCCUGAACCAGCCAUCCCCGUCAUCCAGAGCACGUAUGGGGUCAAGUCCGAGCCCGUCAUCGGCGGAGGCAGCAACGGCGGUGGGGUCGGAGCCCUGGAUCUGCCCAGCGACCCCACCAACGGAGACGACGACAUGGACAUGUACGAGGACUUUGAGGACGAGCCCAAGUCAGACUAUAGCAGUGACCACGAGACACGGGAGGCCGUCAGUGCCAACUGAGUGUGCUCAGGGUGUCAGUUUGUAAAAAGAGAAAAAUGAAAAACUCUCGUUAUACUCAGAAACACUUUUUAAAAGCAUAGUUUAUUACAGAGACCUUCAGGCGACCUAUCAGGACAUGCUGCGUCACACACUGAGCAUGCCCAGACAGGAUUUUAACCUCAGCGGACAUGCUCAGAAAGUUCUUGGGACAGUGUAUUGAUGGACGUCCAUUUGAAGAAGAGGGCUGAUGGGGGAAAAAAAUGUGACCCGAGAACACAACCUGAACAGAUACUCAGACAUCCAGCUGACAAUGAUCUUCAGUAUCCUACAACUUUGACAAUCUUACCCGGAGCGAACAAGAGUUAGAAGAGAGAAGGAGAGAGAGGACAAAUGAGCGACAAACACAUGGAGCUGUGUGGUUUGUAAAGAGCAUGCAUGGAUUUUGAAGCAUCAGGAAUUGGUCUUCAACAGCUAUUUGGUCUUAAAUGUUUAAAGAGUGAUUUAGUUUUUAUCAUUAUGUAUUUACUUUUUUGUGUUUUUUUUUCCUUUUUGUUUUUUUGUUCUAUAGACUUUUUUCUGACAGGUCACUGCCUGUACAAACUCUGGACUGUCGGAACUUGAAAUUUGAAAAGUUUUAAUAUAAAUCCUAGCUCUUGUAAUCUUAUAGUCUUACUUUUGUUUCUUACGAAUACAUCUACAUCUUUUUUUUCUGACAAACUGCUUACAUUACAUUACUGUUAGAUUUUUUUUUUUUUUUUUUUUUUUUAAAUAUCCCAGCUCAGGUAUGAUGUGCCAGCUUGUGAAUGUGUUUUGUUUUGUUUGUUUUCAUACAAAAAGAGUGGUAGGACUUUUCAGAUUGUCAAUGAAAUAAAGGGAGCAAAAUCCCUUAUAUCACAUUAUUAUUAUUAUUAUUAUUAUUAUUAUUAUUAUUAUUAUUAUUAUUAUUAUUAUUAUUAUUAUUAUUAUUAUUAUUAUUAAGUAAGUAGGUAAGUACCCAGACAUUGUACAGAUUUUCUUCAAAUGUGCCAAACCUACAUUCACAUUCACUUGGGAUGUUGUAGUCUUAACUUCCAAUGCUGCAAAAAAGUCUUAUACAAUCAGCUUUUUCUAUCUGAUGAGAUGAGUUCUUACUCGGUCACUGCUGGCUCCCCUCCUGGCCCAAUCACAGGCAGCGCUCAGGGAGGAUGUGUUCUCAUCGCACUCGCUCACUCACACACACACACACACACACACACACACACACACACAUUUUGCGUCUCUCUCUGGCAGCCACUGCGGCUUUCAGACGCCGUUAGAGGAGCAGCAUCGCAGCAUCGAAGGAGUUUGCUCUUCUAUUCCACUGCAUUGGUGCUUUCAUAAACCACAUUGCCCACAGUUCCUUGAGGCCAAACACUUAACACAUUGUGCAGCAAGUGCAGCGCAGUACGGUGAACCAAACCCCCGACAUUUAGCAUUUGUCACUUUCAAUCAGGCUAAAGGUAAAGAUAUUUUUUUGGCUUAAUUUCCGAGACACUUGAGAUAAUUCACGAGUCUUAAAAGUGAACCUUGAGCUCUGUUCAAUCAGCAUCACAUGAGCGGGGAAGGAGCCGCCCCUGGAAGACCCUACUGUAGGAUUAGAGUUUCUAAUAUUCUGGAUCCCUUAACUGUAUUUUGAAUUGUGCUUUGAAUCGGUACAAAAAAUGUACAAAAUGUUACUAUUUUUGUUAGCUUGUUAAUAUUUUUAAAUGUCUUCUCAGCAUCACGUGGGGAAAGUUACACAAAACUUGUGUUUUAAAGAAGAAUUUAUAUAGUUGCAAAAAAAAAAAGGUGGGUUUAAUAGGUCUGUUAUUUCAAAAAGGGUACCUUUUCUACGUUGCAUGUAUAUUUUACAGACGAGUAAAUUAUUUAGAGAAGAAUGGAGGAAAAAAAAAAAAGGUGCAUAAUUCUCACUCAGCAUCUCAGUCACAACCAAACCCCGGUUUAGAGCACACACAAGUUUUUCCAUAGUCUGAAGCGAGAUGUUCCUCUUUUGGUCUCGGAGCAGCCGGUGGUCAGCACCGCGCUGGGCGUGUGCACGCUUUUUUCCUCUGUUUUACUCAGAUGUCACAUUCUUUCUCUGAACACACGUCAUUUUUUUUUUUUUUUCUUUGUCUCUUUUCACCACAAUCUCCGCAGUUUGAACAUGUUUCCAUUUUCAACACCUGUGACCUCAGGUGGUUUCUGGGUGCUCUGUUUUAGUUGUUUCCCAUGCCUUCUCUUCGUGACCAUAUCUGGCAAUUUUUUUUUUUUUUACUUGGAAAAGCUUCACAAGCUGGGACUGAACAUUGGUUUUUCUGCUUGCAUUAUGGGAAAAAGCCUCAUGCAUAGACAUUUCUGUUAGUGUCAUACACAUCCUAAGCACUGGAUAUAAAUUCUAUGUUUUUUUGUUUUUUUUUUAGUAUUGACUAAUGUGAAGUUGUUGUUUGAUUUUCAACAUUAUAAAUUAGAACAGUCAAAAGUUGAGGAGGCCUCGUACAUGCCAGGCACCAGUAAAUUGCCAUUUCUUUAGAAGCAUUUCAUUUAUUUAAGCAAAAAAAACUUUUCGUUGCUGCAGCUCUAGCGCCGCCUGAAGGGGUCACAUCACCUCUGACCUCUUUAAAAAAAAAAAGGUAACCUCAUGCUCUUUGUCAGUUGUGACCUGCAGAAGCAGAACACACGUUUUCUGGUCAUACACAUUUUUGUGAUGAGUAUUGUAUUUGAAAUUCAAUUGUGCGUUUUAACAUUUCAUUGUAUUUAUUAGCCAGCUUUGGCUCUAAAAAGUGUCAAUAAAACUUGGUGAGAAAGACAAUCAAAAAAAAAAUUCAAAUAAAUAAAUAAAUAAAAAGUUGACUUGAGAA